AUGAUGCAACGUAGACGACGGCAGAUCCUACGCCAACGAAUCGAAUCAGGCGAAGUGGACAUUGAGUACCUGGCACUGAAUCAGCUCAAAGUGCCUGGAGAUAUUGUGGAAAAAAUGCCUCUCUAUACCUACCCGAAUGUAUCAGCACCGCAACAAAAGGAAGAGGUAGAUACCGAAAUGGCGCAAGUCGACACCCGAAGCGAGAUUUCUUCAUCAACAGAGGAAGAGCGCGAAACUAUUCCAGUAACCCCAACUGGACUCCGAAAACCACAAGCUGCGGUAAUCAAUCCAAGAACCGACGAUCGAUCUACAUCAUCAAGUCCCACUCCUAAUCCAUAUCGGUUGAGUCACACUCAGACGACAUGUGCCAUAUGUCUUGACGAUUUUGUUGUUGGAACAUCUACCGUCCGUGAACUGCCGUGUGGCCACAUAUUUGACCCUGGAUGUAUCGAUCCAUUCCUCAUGGAAAAUAGCAGCCUAUGCCCUCUUUGUAAGAAGAGUGUGCUGCCACUGGGUUCCAUUGAUAUUCCGGUGACAAACGAUAUGGUUCGUCAAGACAAUGUUUCACGGCGCAGUGGCUGA